AUGUCAGCCGUCUCAAACUUCGGCGCAGCUUUGUUAGUUCUUCUUUUUAUUAUUGGUAUGUUUUUUUUUGGAAAAGUCUUAUUUUUAAUCAUCUCGAAACUGAAAAAAAUAAUCCUAUCCGUGAUAAGUUGAAUCUAGAGGUUUCUGGUUCUUUGCCGACAACGUUAUCAGAGGCGAAAAAAAGGAUCGGAGGAGUCAAAAGAAUUUUUUUCUGAUUGAUGGCUUUUUUUGAUAAUAUAGUUUAAGAUUUACAAAAGACGUGAAUUUGAAAAAAAUAUAUAUAUAUAUAUAUAUAAUAUCUCGAUCAUGAUCUAGCGGAGCAGAUAAAAGAGCGUCAAAUGCUGGUCAAGAAAAAAAAAGAUACAAGUAGCUACCGGGUAGCUACUUUAAGUUCAAUAGGGAUAUGCUAAUUGGUGGUCGUUUAUAAUAAAUCUGGUACUAUCACUAUGGUACUUGGAUGCUACCGGGUAUGUUCCUGAUUGGCUGGAAAAUCGGUCGGUUAUUUAGCACCAGUUAUUUUUAAUUCGUUCCAAGUCUUCCAAGAUCUUAUCGGCUAACGCUGAAAAAAAUAAAAUUGCGGGAAGCAUUGCCAGACUACCUGACAGCAAUAGCAAACUUGAGAUAUGUAUUUACCCGGUAUAUCCAGAUACCAUAAAGAUUUAGAAUAAAAGUAGCUACCGGCAGCUACUUUUAUCCUUUUCAUGAUUGACCUGUUUGUCUUCAAGUCCACGAACUCCUACUGUAAAAACUCGGACCUUGUAACGCGAACCGGACGCGUUUUUAGUAGCACCAGCACUCUUUGGUCUGAGCCUUAAAGCCAUCAAAUUUCUGCGUUCAGUUUGAAUUGAUACUUAAAAGUGCGCUUUUCGAUAAAAUAAAGGUUCCAUUUUUUUUUGCAAAAAACUCUGUCAUUGGCCAGACGGCACUAGAGUUACUUGAGUCAAAUUCGUUCCAAAAUCUUCUUUUUAAUAAAUUUCUUUAAUGACCAGAUUGUGAUGCGGGAGAACUGACGAGAUGCUGCGGCGGUGGCUCGCGUCACUUCAAACAGACGAGUACAUGUUCGAGUAUAAAGAGCGAAGGGACGAGUAUGACCUGUCUGCGGUGGGUUUUCAGAAUCGUUCUCACCUCUCUCGAGCUUCAGAACAGCCUCCAUUUGCUGCUUACGGUCGCUGCUUGAGAGUUCUUGUGACGAAGGAAACGAAAUCGCGAGACAAGAAGAGUCCUGUCCAGCCAACAUCAAUAUUCUUGGCGGAGGCUUGAGAAAGGUGGAUCUUUCUUUAAAGGCAUAGGGGCAGUAAAAAACGGUGUCUCAGUUCAAAGCAGUACUUUGUAGAGCUUUUCAUUGCGAAUCGAACGGUAAACUUGGAAACGUACAGAAGUUCCUAGUUUUGAAGAAAAAAUUCUUCAAAGCCGGAGAAAGGAAAGCUUGAGUUCCCGCGAAAAGGGCACUUUGCAGUAAAGUUGCUCUAUGGACAACAGGCUUCGCCAUCUUCCGGAUUUUCGCUUUUUUCUUCGUUUCUUUCAAUUUUCAAUUUUUUCUGUUGUCACCAAAGUUCUUUUCGUCACAAAAGCUUUCUAUUCAUGUAUAGUUUGCAAACUUUUGAUCGCAAAAAAAGCGUUUUUUUCGGGAAAAAAAUGAUGAUUUUACACAGGUUUCGAUUGGGAUAGCGAUUAUUUGUGUUUUUCUUUAUUAUCAAUGUGUGUUUUUCUGUUUUUCUUAAUCGAUUUUUUUCAGAGUAGAAACCCUUGAUUUGAAGCAGAUAUCCGGUUAUUUCUCACAAAAAUGCGAGUCUAAUAUGACGUCCGCAACAUCGCGUGCACGGCUACUGUAAACAUUUGUCUGUAUACCGAUCCAUAGCUUUUUUCAAAAUUAAAGGCGGGAAAGUAAAAUCGCGUUUUUCUUCUAAAGUUGUCACAUCUGUAAUUUUUUUGAGUACACCAUUCGAUUCGCAAAGAAAAACUAUAUAAGAUACUGCUUUCAUCUGAAACCCCAUUUUUUACUGCCCCUAUGCCUUUAAAAAUGCUGACUUUCGAGUCAAUUUUUUUACACACAAGGCUUGUGAUUUUUGAAACAGAAAGCAGAAAAAAAUACUUCUGCUUUUUCAGUCUUAUGUAAGCAAAAAAAAAAACGAAAAGACAAAGGUUAAAAUAAGUCGGAAAUUUUUCUCCUGGAUACUCAAGAAUUUUCGGAAAAAAAUAAAAAGAAAUCUUUACAGGAGUGCUGCGAUUGCUGUCUUCUGGCCAAAGAUCUUCUGCGUCGGAACGAGGCCUGUAUCGCUCCGACCGGCUUCUCAGCAGCUUGUCUGCGCUCCUUCAACAAAUGCUGCAACGGUCCUUUCGAGAUCACGGACGCCUCGGAAAUCAUCACAGGUGGGAUCAGAGUGUUCUCGGUUGGAAGAAGCUCCUUUGCAGGACGACCUCUGAUGGACGCCGUCAUGCAACUCGGCGACCGCUGCGCCGACACCAACUGCGAACAUCUUUGUCACGACAGGUCUAGCAGAUCAUCUCGAAUUCAUCCUUCUUGCUUUCAGAGGAGGCGAGACUGUCGAAUGCAGCUGCCGGUCCGGCUACGACCUCGGGCCCGAUGGAAUGUCGUGCGUCGGUUGGUUUAUUAUGUCAGAAAAUCGUCUUUCUUUGUUAAAGCUCUUACACUUCAUUAUGACUUGAAAAGCGUUUUUUUUUUUUUUGGAGGAAUGGGAACACGAAUUCAUGUUCCUCCUCACCACAUCUUCAAGUAACCUGACUCAUCUCUUCUUUUCAAAAAAGGCUUGUAAUAGAAACGUUAGACUUUUUUUGAAACGCUAAGAAAAGUUUUAUUGUGUAAAAACGAGUAAAGCCAUUUUUUAUUGAUGAAAAGCGUGAUUUUCGACUUAUCAGGAAAAUUUCUAAUUCUAUAAAAAUUUCUAUCUAUAGCAAUAAAAAAUAAACGAAGUUCGAUAAAUAAUUCUUGGAAAAUAUAAAGAAGAUAUUUAAGUUAAACGAACAGCAAUCGUUUAUUUUUUUCAUUUGAAAAAAAGAACGAAGUUUCGGAUUUUUCGAUUUUUCAAGUUCAAUUUUAUGAACGAUGGAAAAAGAAGUAACAAAGAUUAAAUAAAAAUCAAGGUAAAAAAAUUAAUGAACGAUCUUUUAUAAUUUGACUUUGUAAUGUUUCAUAGUACUCGUUUCAAUUCUGCCAACGCAAGCGUUUCCCUUUCCUGUGCUGUUCAAACACCUAUCCCGACCUCUCAAACCUGCGAAAUCUCAUUGAAUUUCUCUGCACUCGCUUUCCCUCUUGAAGUCUUCUGAAUCUCGUCAGAUAGAGACGAAUGCCUGGGUCGCGUCGUUCCUUGCUUGCCGACGGAGGUUUGCGUCAACACCGUCGGCGGCUAUCAAUGUCAGCGACGUUUGCCGCGAGUCGCGACGCAGAGGUUCAUUCCGAAGCGACUGCGCGACGACGUCGGCUCUUCGCGACUCAACAUGCGACUGAAGGACUCUCCGACAAAUGACGUCAGCUGUCCACGAGGAUGGCUUCUGUCUCGCGGAACUUGCGUCGGUGAGGCCUUUCUGCAAACUCGGCAAGUUUUCAUCGCUGGCUUGAGUUAAUACGAAUUUCCUCAGAAGUCGUUUUAAAAAUAUGAAUAGGUUAGCUUUACACCUCGAUACAAAGACCUUUUUUACAAGCCAGCGAUGAACGGAGUCAAAUAGUUUUAUGGUUUCACCCUUUUUUUCUGCCGCUUUUCUGCUUUUACCCUAUGUGCACUGCUUACGGAAGUAGUUUCGUUGUAAUGCCGUAUUCAAAGUAAUUUCCGCGUAAUGCAAAAUUAUCUUUGGCUCUUCAAGAUUUAGUUAUCUUUUUCUUUCUCUGACGGCUAUUCUGGAUUUCGCGGAAUCACUUUGAACACGGCAUAAGAAUCCUUUAACACAUCAAUUAUCUGAUCAAACAAUUAAACGAGUCGGCCGAGGUAUACAGACGUCGACGAGUGUCGCCUGCUCAUGGACGACUGUCUGGAGAGCCAACGCUGUCUGAACACUCCUGGAAGUUUCAAAUGCAUUCGAAUUUUGAGUUGCGGCACGGGAUACGCCAUGGACUCCGCCACUGAACAAUGCAUCGGUUUGCAGUGACUAACACUGAAGAUGCCGAAUUCUCCGACGACUUUCACCUAAUUUCAGACGUCGACGAGUGUAACCUCGGAUCUCACGACUGUGGCCCUACCUAUCAGUGCAGAAACACUCAAGGAAGUUAUAGGUAAACAUAGAAAACAAAAGAAAGAGUCAAUAUUUCGAAAACAAAAAAAAACUGGAUCAAAAAUAAGAAUUGAAUUCAAAAACGAAUAAUCUCAGCUUUUUUUUCUCUGGCUCCUUUCCUUUUAAGAAGGCUCCUUUUCCUUUUAAGAUUGAAAUUUUUGCAGAUGCGAUCCGAAAAAAUGUGCAGAUGGAGAACUUCAAAACCCGCAGACUGGAGAAUGCACUUCGAUCCAAUGUCCUCUGGGCUACUUCCCCAAAAAUCAAAUGUGCAAUGGUAACUUUUGAAGGAGUUAUUGUUUCAAAGCUCAUACAGACAUCGACGAAUGUGUGUCUGGAAAUCGAUGCGGUCCUGCUGAAGAAUGCGUGAAUACACCUGGAUCUUACAGGUUACAUAGGUUACAAGUGAAUCUGACUUUUGAACGAUGUUUUCAGGUGUCAGCAAAAGGGUAAUCUUUGCGCCCAUGGGUUCGAAGUCAACGUCAACACAGGGUUUUGUGAAGGUUUGCAAAUGUUCGCUUUUCGCUGAACAAUAUUCAGACAUCGACGAGUGCGCGACGGGGGUUUGCGGACCUUUGCUUUGCACCAAUCUGCCAGGAUCUUACAAAUGCAAAUGCAAUCCUGGAUACGAGUUCAAUGAUAAUGCAAGUCACAGUAUCAUCAUUCUCCAGCUACGUAUUCCUCUUCAGACCAAAAGGUGCGAAGACAUCGAUGAAUGUCUCAAGUUCAUGGGCCACGUUUGUGAUCACUCCGCGGAAUGUAUCAAUACGGUCAGUUAUCAAGAUUUUGAAACCUCCAGUAACCGAAUGUCUUCUUUUUUUCAUUAUCUUGGUUUGGGUCUAUGGGUCCAAAGAAGAAUAAUUUAUCAGAUUGGCUCAUUCGAGUGCAAAUGCAAGGAAGGUUUUCAACUCGCCGCAGAUGGACGACGAUGCGAAGGUUUUUUCAUACUUUUUCGCUCUUUAUCCCUCAAAAGAAAGUUAGUUGAAUCAUUUCAGACGUAAAUGAAUGUACCAGUGGAGUGGCCAAAUGCGAGCAAAAGUGUAUCAAUAUACCUGGCUCUUUCCAAUGUAUUUGUGAACGGUGAAUAUUUACUCGGACAGCUCUUUCAUUUCACCAAAAACAGAGGCUUUGCGUUAGGUCGCGACGGCGUCAAAUGCGAAGACAUCGAUGAGUGCGAGAUUUGGUCAGGCUCAGGUGAGUUGUGAAGGGUUUUCGCGGCGAAAGAAGCUUCAGGAAACGAGCUGUGCAUGGGAGGAUGUGUGAACACGAAAGGCUCUUAUCUCUGCCAAUGUCCUCCUGGUUACAAAAUUCAGCCCGACGGAAGAACAUGUGUUGGUGAGGAAUUCAAUCUAUUUUUGUCCGAAGUUAUUUCUCUCCAUUGAUAUGUUUCGAGAUCAAGCAGAUUCUGUCUCUUCAGCCAAAAAUUAAAAAAAAACCAAAACAAAGCUACGGCCAAAACGAAAAGGACACUGUUCAGACUCGUCCAGUUUUCCAUAUUUCUAGAUUAAUUUAACAACGAAAACAAUAAUUUUUGUUGAACUUGACAAAGAAGUGUUUGUUGAAGACGUGGACGAAUGUCAAGAUGGCGAGUGCGGAGGAGCGGAUAAAGUGUGUGUGAACACCCUGGGCUCGUUUAAAUGCCACCGGAUCGAGUGUCCACAAAACUACGUGCACGACUACAAUAACAAGAAGUGAGUGGCUCGCAUGCGCCUUACAUGGAAGUGACAGUCGUUGCAACCGAGUGUCGUGUGGACUUCCCGAGGAGUGCUCGAGGACGCCGCUCUACGUCUCCUGGCAGUUCAUCUCCUUGGCUCGGGCCGUGCCCAUCUCCUCGCACCGACCCUCCAUCACGCUCUUCAAGGUCUCUGCGCCCAAUCAGCCCGACUCCGACGUCCAGUUCGAGCUGCAUCUCAAGCAUGCUCUCAUCGGUUCGUGUUCUGUCUCAUUUGGUCACGAAAACUAACAAUUCUUGCACAAAAUCAGCCUGUCUGAAAGGGAGGUCAUUUUAGUGUGAAGUCUGAGAUUUUCUCAUAAAUUUGCUCAAACACUCUCCGCAGUUCUAGAUGCAAACUCCGGAUAAUCGCUACCUGCGCAACUUUUUUGUUCUUGGGCGUCAAUAUUUAAAAUUGGAAAUUUUUAAAAACUCCUAUUUUCAAGACUGAAAGCUUACACAGUUAAUGGCUAUGAGGAAUCUACCUCUAGAGCUUGAACAAGCAUUCUAUGAAAAUUCCUAACUUACUAAUAUUGAGUGUCGUUGUUUCAAAAACAUGACAGUCAGAAUUUGAUAUGGAGCAUGUCAUUCAGUCUUUGAAAACUUUCUGUUCGUUAACUGCUUGAACUGUGUGAUUGGUCAGAGAAGCCGCAUGUUCUGCCGGCUGUCCGAGCCAACUUCUUGCUCCAAAAAGGAGACAAGAGGAACAGCGCGGUGGUGACGCUGAGGGACAGUCUCGACGGACCGCAGUCGAUCCAGUUGGAGCUGGUCCUGAGACUCUCCAGACGCGGCAAGUCCGUCAACACCUACGCCGCCAACCUCGUCGUCGACGUCUCUGCCCACAAGAGACACACCACCAUUCAUCCCCCUGUCCUUCGAUACUAG